GCCGAGUCUGAAACGCCGCUGCAUCCAGCAGCUCGCAGAUCUGAUGAGCAGACGACGAGACACGCAAAAACUAGGGCUGGACUGGAGCAUACAUCCAAGCAAGAUAUGGUAAGAAACGCGGCGCCGGCACGUGCUCCCGGCCCCCGACGUGCCAGAAGCAGCCGGCGCGAGCUCUGGCCUCAUGUGCCCGCGGCGCGGGCGCGGACAUGGCGCCUCCCCCCCACCGUAUAAUAUUAAUGCCCGCGCGGCAGGCGUGCCAUGUCGCCAUGGAUCGGGGUCGCCCAUGAUCGCUCGCCGGCCACUGCACAUUCAUUAGCCGUUCGGCCUCGCUGCAAAAGCAAUCCCCCCACCGCGCCGCGAGAGCGCGUGCGAGCAAUGCCGCUGCCGCGCCGCGCCGCGCUCGCCGUGGCCGCCGCGGUGCUUCUCCUGGCCGUGGCCGUGGCCGCGCCGCGAGCAGCCGGACAGUCGACGGCGGCGGCGGAUCCGGACGGCUGGGCGGCGGCCGCCGACCGCGGCGCGGCGGGCACUGUGGAGGAGUGCGCGGGCGGUGGUGGCGGCGGCACGGCCAGGAGGGAGCUCUGGGGCAGCCAGUACAUCAGCUACGACGCGAUGAGCCGGGGGCGGGUGCCGUGCUCGUACCGCGGCGCGUCCUACUACAACUGCCGGCCGGGCGGGCCGGCCAACCCCUACUCCCGCGGCUGCUCCCAAAUCACCCGCUGCAGAGGCUAGCCAGCGAUCUGGCGGCCGGGUCAUGGUCGGUCUCGUCUCGGUUCUUGCAGCAGCAGCAGCAGCUUGUAAGGCGAAACCCCUUUCCUCUUCUUUUCUCUUCUCUUCUCUUCUCUUCUCCUUUCGUGUUCUACAGCUGGGUUUUGAGAGAUGGAUCGAUUAGUUGACAGGGAGCAAGCUUCUUCUUGCCCCAUAUUUUGUAAUUGGCAUUAUUAAUAGGCGGCCCUAAUGAUUCGUUAUGUUCGUGCAUACAAUGCUUGUAAUCUUCCAUGUUCAUUGGGGUGGCGAACUUGAUCCCUCUUGGCUUGCAAUUGGAGACUAGUAACAUCAAUUCAGGGAUA